AUGCUCGCGCUGCUGUGCUCCCUGGCCCUGACGAGCUCGCUCGUCGCGUCCAAGGUGAGCGCGCCGUCGCCCCGGCGCGACGUGUCGGCGGCCGGUGCGGCGACGGACGACGCCCCCCUGCUGCUGCGCGCGGCGCGCGGCGAGGCCGUGGAGCGGACGCCCGUGUGGAUGAUGCGCCAGGCCGGGCGCCACAUGCAGGUCUACCGGGACCUCGUCAAGAAGUACCCGACGUUCCGCGAGCGGAGCGAGAUCCCCGAGGCCGCGCUCGAGAUCAGCCUCCAGCCGUGGGAGGCGUACGGCGUCGACGGCGUCAUCCUCUUCAGCGACAUUUUGACGCCCCUGCCGGCCAUGGGCGUCGACUUCCAGAUCAGCGAGGGCGGCGCCAUCGCCAUCUCGCCCAUCCGCACGGAGGCCCACCUCGCGGAGCUGAAAAAGGCGAAUUUCGACGCGGCGACGGCGUGCCCCUUCGUCGGCGAGGUCCUGGGCAAGCUCCGGGACAAAGUCGGGUCCAGCGCCACGGUGCUCGGCUUCGUCGGCCUCCCCUUCACGCUCGCGUCCUACCUCGUCGAGGGCAAGACGGGCACGACGUCCGGGUUCGCGGAGGUGGGGAAAAUGAGGAGCGAGCAGCCGGAGCUCCUCCACGGCAUCCUCGACCUCCUCGCGGAGAACAUCGGCGCCUACGCCUGCUACCAGGUCGAGUCCGGCGCCCAGGUCAUCCAGGUCUUCGACUCCUGGGCGGGCCACCUCCCCGAGGACCAGUACCUCGAAUUCGCCGUGCCCUACCAAAAGAAGGUCAUCGAGGCCAUCAAGGCCAAGCACCCGGAGACGCCCGUCAUCAUCUACAUGGCGCCGGACGUCCACUCGAAGGACGGCGGCUUCCUCGACCACCUCGCGGCCUCCGGCGCGGACUGCGUCUCCGUCGACUACACCGUCGACUUCGGCGAGACGCGCGCGAGGCUCCCGGCCGGAGUGGCCAUGCAGGGCAACCUCGACCCGAAGAUCCUCCGCGACGGGCCCCUCGACAAGAUCAAGGAGGAGACGGAGAAGAUCCUCGCCGCGGGCAACUGCAACAUGCACAUCAUGAACCUCGGCCACGGCAUCGAGGCCGACACGCCCGAGCCGCACGCGAAGUUCUUCGUGGACACGGUCCAGGCGUUCCGCGCCAAGUAG